CCUACUCAUGCUCAUUUCAAUAAUAAUGUGUUUUCUAAAAUAAAUCAUAAUUACAGUGACUCUUUUUGUAACAAAAUGAGUUUUUGUGUGGAUUUAGUUUCAGAAGAUUCUUUUUAUGAAAAUAUUACUUUGGGUGUAACUAAAAUUUUAGAGUCUGACCCUCGAAUUUGCAAUGUGAAUGUGGAACGCCGGAUUCCUUCCGACCGUGUCGCCCUCUCUACUUGGGAGCAACGACAUUCUGCUGUAUUACCUGAGGAUCUUCGAAAUUUCUACGCCUCAUGUGAUGGAUUUUUACUUACUUGGCACUACAAGUAUUCAGCUGACCAGGUACUGCCCGUUGGUUCCAUUGGAGUCAACUCGUUGAACGAAUUGAUUCUUUCGUCAGCUUUGAAGGAUCUACUCGACUUCUCUCUUACUCGGCCGAGCACUGGGCCACGACCGGUUCUGAACAACAAGAGCAAAGUGUUUGAACUAGAUUCUUGUAGAACAAUUGGCAAGGUAUGCCUGGUGUACACUGGAGGCUCGUGGUCGGUGUGGCUGGGCACCCGUUCGGGCGCGUGGGGGUGGCUGGCAGACUCCUUCACGCAGUACUUCAGGAUGGCGCUGGUGCACUUCGGUCUCCCCGGCUGGCAGGCGGCUUUCGCGGGCCUGCCGCCUAUACCGUGGGCCGAGCAACUGUUCCUUCUGCUGGCGCCGCAUCUGUUGGAAAAAGUGGACGAAAAGCCCGUGGCUGCAUCGUCGUCGGAGGCGAGCCUCAACCACAUCGACUCGAACAUCUUCAAGGCGUCCGCGAGGCAGCACAAGAACGCAUCCAGGCAGACCAAUGCGUAGAACCAGGGGGGCUACCGCGAAAACUGACAUUCGCAAAUUGCGGGGAUCUUUCUCUUUUACUCCAAUGAAGGCGUAAUAAGUGUGACAGAGAAAAAUGCCCGCAAUUUGCGAACUUCGAUUUUCGCGGUUAUAGCCCAGGCUGUGGAGUUGGCAACUGUCAAAGGUUUGUAUAGGUUUUACGGGUCUCUAGUUUUGUUCUAUGAAAUUAGGCUUAACCUUUUUCCGGGCCGCACCAAUCUACAAGGAUUUCCCGAAAAAUCCCAAUUAAUCCAGCUUUGAUGAUUCAUUUGAAGACAACUCAAAUUUCCCGAAAGUGCAAUCUAAUUUGAAUCUUAAAUCGCAAUGCUAAAGUUGAAAUUCUAGUGGCGCGUAUGUGGUCGAUAAGUCGUACUAUGCCUGGAAAAGGGUUAAAA